AUGCAGGGCCUGCUGCGCGACGUCGAGAGUCGUGAGUACGAGGAUGCUGAAGUGCUUUGGGUGCUGCGUCUUGCGCUUCGCCGGCAUGAAGGCCCCGCGCCGUUGCGGCCUUCAUGCCUCCGUUACGCAUUGCUAGCACGUCACGGCUUCCGCUCUUUGUCAUUUCCAGAGCUGCAGCUGUUGGCACUGCUUCCCGUGCGGGCCGGCAGUGGGCAGCAAGGGCACCAGGAAGUCGACCGCCGGGAGUUGCAACGGCUGAUGGAGGAGCUCAACGGCCGGCUUCCCGUCAGCACCGAAGAGGUGGAUGUCGUCAUCGAGGAGGCACUUCUCCUCGGUGGGGGCGAUGCCCUGACUCGGGGCGACCUUAUGCGGAGCCUGGGCGCCUGGUAUGCCAAUGUGCAGAGGAGCGACUCACCACCGGCUGUCUUCCUGCACGCUUGGGCCUCCGCGCUUCUCCACGGGCGUGAGUACCACACCACCCUCAUGGAGACGCUGAGGCAUCUCCUGCCAUCGGUGCUGCGUGGGCUGAGGCGCCAGCGCAAGGACGCCGCUGCAGCCUCCUCUCGGCUCCUGUCAGGGCCUCUGCAGCGAUCGGUGGAGAUGUGCUGGAGCGGCGGCUCUGUUCUCCUGCUGCUUCUCGGGCUGGCGGUGCCUGGCUGCCUCUUCGCCUGGGCGCUCUACGUGGGGGCACUCCACGGCGACGAUGCCUGCCCGCGCGAUCUGGACGGACUAUUGACCUGGUUUGGUAUCGUGGGCUUGGCCUUCCUCUUCGUGGGUU